CCCGCUGUCAUGCCAGAUGACUCGGCGCCUGCUGUCGAGCUUGGUGACCCGGUGCCCGCUGUCCUGCCAGAUGACUCGGUGCCCCGCUGUCCUGCCAGAUAACUUGGUGCCCGCUGUCGAGCUUGAUGACUCGGUGCCCGCUGUCAUGCCAGAUGACUCGGUGCCCGCUGUCCUGCCAGGUGACUCGGUGCCCGCUGUUGAGCUUGGUGACCCGGUGCCCGCUGUCGUGCCAGAUGACUCGUGCCCGCUGUCGUGCCAGAUGACUCGGUGCCCUGUCGUGCCAGAUGACUCGGUGCCCGCUGUCCCUGCCAGA